CCUAGAGAGAGAGCGAGAGAGAGAGCGAGAGAGAGAGAAAACAUAAGGCACCUGUUAGACUAGAAAAGGUGGUAUCAACGGCUGCAUUCCCCAGAUCUGUAUAUUUGCUCUGGAAGGGUUCUAUUCUCUCAGUUGGGACAAAAGGAAAGUUUGUUUGUUAUUGUUGGUCAUAGUUGUGUGGAUUUGAGGAAUGAUGUCAGACUUUCCAGCUAAAGUGGCCACCGAGACCAGCUCCCCCCAGUCCCAACAGGGAGGGUCCAGCUUUCAGCUUGGCAGUAUUUCCAUGGACCGGGGCUUGAUCAAGAGCAUCCCUGGAAUCCUGAUGCUGGCUGAGAUAGGUCUUGGCCUGCUGCAAUGGGCUCUGAUUGCCAAUCCCUCCUCCAAUAUUCCUGCCUAUGGCUGGGUGAUGUUUGUCGCCGUGACGCUGUGGCUGCUCACCAUUAUCCUCUUCUUCAUGCUCUUCUUUGGCGCCCAUCACAAACUCAGCUCCGUGCCCUGGCCAAUGUUGGUUAUGGUGUAUAAUGCUGUGGCAACAGUUUUGUACCUCACAGCAUUUCUGGCCAAUGCUGCAUCAGUCGCUCCUUACAGUUCAACAUACUUCUAUGGCUGUAUGGCAGCUUCUGCGUUUUUUGGCAUCGUGGUGACUUUGUUAUAUGGAGCCAGCACCUUCUUUUCCUAUAUGGCAUGGAAGGGGGAUGGAGGUAAUGCAGCCAGCAACUCUGGUCCUGCAUAGGACUACUCUACUACCUAUCCUGAUAAACCGUCUCCAUACAGAGAGACUUGGACAGUGUGAACCGAACAGUGUGUCACAAAGAAGAGAUUCUAAACCUUUUCAUCAAAGGAUUAGUAUUUUUAUAUACGGUAUACUUUUUUUAAAGAAGCUAGACAU